GUACUUGACUUCCUGAAAGAUUGACAGCUUGAACCGCUCGGUUAUUAUUAGUGGAAGCGAGCUCUCCGUUGUGUGCGCCAGUCACUGCUCUACCAGAGCCUUUUCUCGGAUUUACCCGUGUAGUUUUCUACAAGUUCGCUUGGACAGGACUCGGUGUGGAGUCUGAACGCACCCACGGGGCAUGAAAGUGCGGCGGACGUUUGAAAGAAAGUAAAGAGGAGGCUGACGCUGCGUUUGAUGGCUGCUGGGGAUGGAGCCCAGCUGCCGGCCACAGUAGCGGCCAGCCGGAGCGUGGAGAAGGCGCUGGAGGAGGCUGCAGCCAGCGGGGCUCUCAACUUAACCAACCGCAAACUGAAGGAGUUUCCCCGGAGCGCCAGGAACUACGACCUGUCCGACAUUACACAUGCAGAUCUGUCCAAAAACCGUUUGUGCGAGCUGCCUGAGGAGCUGUGUCAGUUCAUAUCUCUGGAGACUCUGAGCCUAUACCACAAUGGAAUGCGUUCACUAUCCUCCAGCCUGGCCAACCUGCAGGCCCUCACCUACCUCAACCUCAGUCGAAACCUCCUGUCCAGCUUACCCCUGUCGGUGUUCCAGCUGCCCCUCUUGAGAGUGCUUAUCGUCAGUAACAACAAGCUGUCGACGCUGCCUGCCUCCCUAUACGCACUCACACACCUCCGUCAACUGGACGUGAGCUGUAACGAGCUGCAGUGUUUGCCUCCAGAACUCGGACAGUUAGAAUGUCUGCGCGACCUGAACCUGAGGAGGAACCAGCUCACCUCAUUGCCUGAAGAAAUCUCCGAGCUCCCUCUUGUCCGCCUCGAUGUUUCCUGUAACCGCAUUUCCCACGUCCCUGUGUGCUACCGGCACCUGCGGCACCUUCAGAGCAUCUCCCUGGACAACAACCCGCUCAUCAUGCCCCCCGCACAGAUCUGUUCCAAAGGCAAAUACCACAUUUUCAAGUACCUCAACAUGGAGGCCUGCAAGAGGAGCGCGGACGAGCUGGACAGGCACCUGCGGCCCACCGGUUUCAACAGCUGUUUAUCAGAGCAGGAGCUGUUCACUGGUCAGUUUGGAGGGCUGGACUCGGGCUUCAACAGUGUGGACAGUGGCAGUAAGCGCUGGUCUGGGAAUGAGUCUGCAGACGACUUCUCGGAGCGCUCCCUCCGACUGGCCGAGGUCAGCAGAGAGACACGCAACCUGGAGGAGGAAGAAGAGGAUGUGGCCCAUAUACAGUCCACCAAAGUGAAUGGAGACAUGGAACAGGUGGACUUCAUCGACAGCAGUGUGACAGAGGGGGAAGAGGAGGAGAUGAGGACGGAUGGCCCCAUGCCUCCCCUCACCACACCUCUUCUGGAACUGAAGGAGAGCUGUGGAGCUCCUCAUAGCCACGGGUCCUCAACAACGUGCAGGUCCAGUCUCCAUGUGGACACCUGCAGCCCCUCAUCUACAUUGUCUUCGUCCCCCGUCCUGUCCCCAUCCAGUCCCACAUUAGAGGAGCGCAGACGUCCGGGAACACUGCAGAUCUGGCAAGAGCGAGAGAGGCAGCAGCAACAGCAGAGAGAGAAGGCCAGUCUGCUGAGGUCAUCCAGCAAGACAGGAAGUCAUGUGACCCCUACUCCGCACACAGGAACUCUAUCAGGUGGCAGUUCACCAGAGAACAACAGUUCCCACACAGGUCUGCGCCAAAGAUGUGCAAGCGCAGACCAAAUGCGAAGUGUGUCACCAUGUCUGCAGCGUUCCAGCAGCAAGACAGUUGUAGAUGCCCCCUCCUCUCCAAAGACGUCCUCUCCGCCUGGUCAGGCUCCAAAACCCAACAGCUUCCUUUUCCGAACCUCGUCCCGCAGCACAGUCAAGUCACCGGGGGUAACACUCAGCGAAUCUGGACGAAGUGAGUCUCGAAUGACCCUGCGCUCACCCAAAGAGGACAGGCCAGACGUCACACAGAUACGCAGGACUCUUGAGACCCGUCUGAAGAUAAGUCUCCCUGAUGACCUGGGUGAGGCGCUGUCCAACGGCACUGUGCUCUGUCAGCUGGUCAACCACAUCCGGCCCCGAUCUGUGUCCAUCAUCCACAUCCCCUCCCCUGCUGUGCCAAAGCUCAGCCCGGCCAAGUGUCGACUGAAUGUGGAGAACUUCAUCGCUGCAUGUCGCAAACUGGGGGUUCCAGAGAUGGACAUGUGUACGUCCUCUGAUCUGCUUCUGUGUAAGCUGCCUCCUGUGCUGCACUGUGUGGGAGCCCUUCUGGCCCUGGAUGUAGGGGUGCUGAGGGAGGAUUCGGUCCCCAGUGGUGCCUCAUCGUCGCUUCUGUCCACAGACUUCCUGCUCUUUUACAGCGUUGCCAUGGCGCUGCUCUACAUGCUGUACUGCUACCUGCUCACAUAAAGACACUCCCAGUCCUUUAUAUGUGCCCGCAUACAGCUGCUGCAGAGGAGUGUCCCACAGCUGAGCACCUUGUGACAAACAGUAAAACAAAGCAUUUUCUCUAGAAUGGAGUUUCUAGCAAACACAAGCACUACACAGAGCACAGGACAGAGAUGCCUUAGCCUUUAGCCUCGCCUUGUCCCUCCGACAGCUGCACAGCAUGUUUGGAACAAUAGGAGCGGAGGAGCAGGACAGGGCUGUCCACAGGCACACAGCCCGAGCUUCACUCAGCAGUAACUUAAUAUGGACUGUUGCUUUGUACUGUGAAAUUAUGCAUUUAAUUUGUCACUGCAGAAAUUGGUAUUGUCCAUGAACAAUGGCAGAAUAUACAUUCAUAUUCAUGAGCAGACAAAGUGAGCCAAUUUAAGUGAAGGAGUGUAUAGUGGCAUGUUGCAGUAGGGAAAGCGCAUGUUAUUGGGAACAAGUUGCAUCCAGAACUUUACAGAAAAAAAAGAGCAGGGUAUUGUAAGAAAUAAGAGGAUCCUCAAGUGAAAUCUCGACCUGGCCUGUUGUGCCUCAGCAGCUCUGCCUUCUCCAAACCGUUCCUUUAACUAUGAAAAUGUGAAUGUGAUUUUAGCCUUUACAUGAAGUCAGACUUAACUGACUGACCACUACACCACCCACUUGGGACAGCAGGUGACGCUGUUGUCGCAUUAGUGGGCCAAACUAAUGGUACAAACCCUCUGAAGUUCAGGAGGUUAUGAAUUUAGAGUUUGGUCUUUGGAGUUAAUUUGGACCUGACCAUUUUCAUAUUCUUUUGUAAAAAUGUAAACAUCUUAAAUUAUUGUUAUUUUCUUUUUCUUUAUUUAUUUUGUGUUGGAUCAGUUCUACAAAAUAGGCUGCGGUAGAAUCAGUUAGACAAAGCAUGGAGUGUGCUUAAAAUAAUGCACAUACAGGUCAGCUCAUAGUGAUCAAUAUUCAAUUAUACUCAGUUUAAAUAUCAUUGAUCGCUGAUGUUAGCCUAGCGUCGGACUGGUAAAUCACUGAUCCUUGGAGGCUACAUCUAACACAUGCAGUCUGGGCUUUUUCCACCUUAGAUCGAUCACUGUUCAACAGCACAGCCCGAUUAGAGCUCACCGGACUGAUGGGACUUGUAACACUAAUGCCAACACUUCACAUUUCACUGCUGCCAUCAAAGUCAGACUAUAGGGGCCUAGACUCAAGUGAACUUAGUAAAUAUUUCUGUCACUGGGAGAACAAAGUUAUUUGGGGUUUAUGCAGUUUACUAAUUAGUUCCAUAGAUACAUUUGGGACUGGGCACUAUAAAAAUAUAUAUAUAUAUAUAUAUUUUCUCCUCAUAAUUAUAACAUGUUUUGAUAUUAUUUGAACAUCAAGUAAAAAGUAAGAUGCUAUUUAAUAUUAAAAAAAUCAGGCCUUCUCAAUCUUGAUCUCCAUUAAAUGUUAAUUGCCCAAUUUUUUCAAAGUGAAAAAAACAAGGAAAAGGAAGGAAAAUGCAAUUAAACACCGUUAUUGCCCCUUUACAUAUUUCCUUGUGAAAAAAUUGCCCCUUUACAUAUUUUCUUGCGUUUAUAUUCAUAUUAAGUUGUUUUUGUUUGUUUUUUUAAGUUUAUAUUUUGAAUUGUCAUGAAGCCUAAACUUUCUCCUUAGUAUUUUGACUUAGAUCAUCUGUCAAUCCCAGUGGCACAAUCCAACAUGUAAACAAAAGCCAUUCUGUUGAAAUAACACGACGUUUUGUAAGCUGAGUCACCGAUAUGCAUCCUGGGAAAUGUAGACUGUCCAUUUCACAUCACAGACACUGUCCACUGUAAAAUCUACACCCAACGCCUGUUUAAGCUUUUUUAAUGAGUACCUAGCCUGCUGUUCCGAUGAACUUUCUACUGGUUGAAUGCAGAUGGAUAUUUUGUAAACUGGAUAAGCACCUACAUCAACCUGACCUUGCUAUAAUCUUUAAUACAUUAGUGAAGCAGAAAUAUUGUUGUACUUUAUAUUUAUAUCUUACCUUAAGAAUCUUUUUUGAGUUUAUAUAAAUCUAUAUUGACGUUUUUUCUCCUUGUUGUAAAGAAAUUAUUAAAACCUUUGAACAUG